GCGCGGGGACGCGGGGCCGCCCGGCCCGGGCCUCGGCCUCGGCCUCGCCGCCGCGCUCGCGGCCUGGCCCGGCUCUGCCCGGCGCGCCCGCCGCCCGCGGGGAUGUCGUACAAGCCGAACUUGACCGCGCACAUGCCCGCCGCCGCCCUCAACGCCGGAAGUGUCCACUCGCCUUCUACUAGUAUGGCGACAUCCUCCCAGUAUCGCCAGCUGCUGAGUGACUAUGGGCCACCAUCACUAGGCUACACCCAGGGAACUGGAAAUAGCCAGGUGCCUCAGAGUAAAUACGCAGAGCUGCUGGCCAUCAUUGAAGAGUUGGGGAAAGAGAUCAGACCCACAUAUGCAGGGAGCAAAAGCGCCAUGGAGAGACUAAAACGAGGUAUCAUUCAUGCCCGAAGCCUGGUUCGGGAGUGCUUGGCUGAAACGGAACGUAAUGCCAGGUCCUAGCCCCUGGCCAGUCUGAAGGCCCAUCUCGCUACCCCGUGGAGAUGAGGCUUUGUUCAAAAUGGCAGUAGUUUUCCUGCCAUGAUCAUUAAGCUCUGAACCCACAUUCAGAAGAUUGGGAAGACAUUUUGCAGUUACUGACGAUGUGCAUUUUAAGUAGUUAGAAAUGAUCCAGCUCCUUUUUUCUUUCCAAGCAUUGAUUUGAAAGAUGUUUGUGAAGCCACUUCACAGCAAGCUAUUGUUUGCCCCCAAAUACCAGUGUCCCCUUUAAAAUCUCCCUUUGGAUACACUUGCCAUUUGCCUCGCCCCAGCUGACUUCCUUUCCAUGAGCUCACCUGCCUCUGAGGACUUGUGCAGACCACAGCACAUCUGCUCAGUAGCUGGCCUGCCUGUGCACAGUGUAGACCCUGCUUUACAGAGCUGCUCUGCUUAAGCCUUUGCAUGACUGAGUGCUUUGAAGUCAAUCUUAAACAUGCACAAGUUAUAAAUACAGAAGAAAGAGCAAUCUACCCAACCUGCCACGCGCCCUGCAAAUGUCCAUCCUGAGACUGUGGAUCUCAGUUCCGUGUUUACUGUGAGACGGUCACAACAUCCGGAAGACAACGACUGCACCUGUUGCAUCUUUGUAUUUAUUACGUGAUGUAAUAAAGUUAUUUUCAUUAACA